AACUGCUGCGGUUACACAAUUCAUAGGCCAUUCGGCUAUGAGUCUUCAACAAAGUAGCAGUAACGGUGACAAGUGACAUUUGAUACUUAUUAACUCAUUAAUUUAAUACACCGCAUAAUCGGCCCAUUUUUCUCGCAAUUUUGCUCACGUAUAUCAUCACAGUUGUGAAUAUAAAAUAAUAAUGAGCAAAAAGGAAGGGGAAAUUAUUUUUCCAAUAAAACCAGCUGGUCCACCGAGAGUGUGGAAAAUUAUCGAAACUAAAAGGAAGGACACGGGUGCUCCGAUUAAAUUUUCUAUUCAAGAGAUACCGGAAGACAGAUACGAGGAUGUGAUUGAUCACAUGUGUAAAUAUUUCAUCGCGGACGAGCCCAUGUCUGAUUCCUUGGACGGAAUAAACGAUCCUGAAUACGUGGAAACCUUCAAAAACUUUUGGAUCCAAUUUUUGAAACAAGGUUUAUCAGUGGCUGCGUUCACGGAAAAUGCGAAUGGCGGUAAGCCAAUAAUCGCGGGAUGCAACAUGCUCGCAUUGACUUUCAAGGGGGAGGAAAUAGAUUAUAACGCGAUUAAGUCGAGAAAUGGGCAGAAAGUAGUGAAAACUGUGGUCGAGCUGACCAAAAAGGUAAACGUAUUUGAGAAAUAUGGGGUGGAUAAAUAUAUGACCGCUUUCGGCCUCUCGGUGGAUCCGUCGUACAGAGGAGCCGCUCUGGGCGGUCAUCUUCUUAAUGCCAGAGUGGACAUUGGCCGUGAAUACAACAUUUCAGUAACGUCCACGGCGUUCACCUCACCGAUCUCUCAGAAACUGGCCGCACGAUGUGGAUUCGAAACAUUGAUUGAGAAAGAUUACGUAGAUAUGGUGGAUGAAAAGGGGAAUCAAUUGUUUCCAGGGAUCAAAGUGAAGUCUUUGAAGGUGAUGAGCAGGAAGCUCUUUUAAUGCGAGCACAGUGUUAUAAAAAUUUAAUGCUGUUUAUUAAUUUUAAAGAUCGAUAAUCGAUAAUAUUCUCAACAAUGGAGACCUAAUGAAAAAAUAUUGGAAAGUUAGAAGAGAAAUCUGAAAAAUAAACAUGUAUUUUUGAAAUUGUGACAGCCAAAGCAUAUGCUAAAUAAAUAACAGAAAGAACUUUUGGAUCAACCUAAGAAACAUUGGAAAGUCAUAUACAUAUCAUAAUAGUUGCUUAUCAUUGCGAAAAAUAAUACAAGCACACAAUUUCUGGUAGUGCGAAUUAUGAGAAAUGCGAGUAAUGAGGUGAUGCGGUCUAUUUCCUGGCGUAGCAAGACGAGCAAAUUACCUCACAAUGGGACAAACGAUUUCAAUUUGUGUCAAUAGGAAAUUUUAUCUCCACGUUUUACUAUUCAACACUUGUCGAGAGCAAUGCAGUGCAAAAAUUUUCUGCUUUCUUUCUUUUUUUUUUUUUUGGUAAUAUCGCUUCUGAAGAAUUCAUAAAAAAUAAAAAAAAAUU